GGAACAGAGAGAAAUGAGGAAAGCGAGAAGAGACAAAGGCAAAAAAGGCAAGAAAGACUGGAAUCACUUUUCUAGAUGAAUUAUCUCUCUUUCUGAUUGUCAAGUUACUUGACUAGCUGUAAUGCCACAUUCACACCAGGUGUACUAUGUGACGUACACAGCUACUCGUGAGUUAUGCAAAGUAAAAACCAGCUGGAUUCAACUGCCUUUUCUCAUGCAUUAUUAAGUGGACUGAGAAUAGACUGCUUGUAUCAUCGGGAUCAAGGUAUUGAAUAAUACUGAAGUUUAUCAUUGUUAUGGAUACAGCAAAGAAAACCAAAGACAACAGGAACAGCCCUUCAAGUCUUUCCCAGUGACAGUCCUUUUCAGUAUUUAUUUAUAUCCUAAUGCUUAUGUAAGUCACAGUCUCAAAGUCUGCAUUAAAAUUUGGUGCGUAAUUGGGCACCGUGGCAUCCAUCUUAAUGUCAGAUCCACUCCUGACAAGUCAAAGAUACAUGAUGUGUCUCAUCUCUGCUCUAUAGUUGUGGUAGUUACUGUGGGAUAAAAGAAUCAGCCUUUUGUGGUGAAGAUAAAAUAAUCUAUCGCUUUAAAUGGUAUUUUGGAAACAGCCACUCUCUUUUAACGUCAAUUGUGAAAGUGGACAUGGCUCGACGUUUGGCUAUCUUAUUUAACUACCACUGUGCCUCCAUUAACCAAACCAGGGAACUAUAUAGAUUUGGGUGACUGGACCACUUGGACAUCUCCAUCAAGCUUCCCAUGUUGGUGGGGCUGUUGUUGGUCAACCUCAUUCUGCAUGUUGCCAUGCUUAAAACGCCGAAGGCCAAAAAUGUCUCCUGGGGUUCGGCGGACUCCUACACCAGCCGUCCAUCUGAAUCAGAUGUAUCCCUGGAGGAAGACCGGGAAGCUGUACGGAGGGAAGCAGAGCGACAAGCCCAUGCCCAGCUGGAAAAGGCAAAGACUAAACCUGUUGCAUUCGCAGUACGGACAAAUGUUGGCUAUAGCGCUGCACUGGAUAAUGAUGUUCCUGUCCCAGGCAUGGCUAUCUCAUUUGAACCAAAGGAUUUUCUACAUGUCAAAGAAAAAUUUAGCAAUGAUUGGUGGAUAGGACGGCUGGUUAAGGAAGGCUGUGAAAUAGGUUUCAUCCCGAGUCCAGUCAAACUAGAAAACAUGAGGUUCCAGAAUGAUCAAAAGGUGAAGCAAGGAAAAUAUCACUCCAGUAAAUCAGGUGGAAAUUCAUCUUCUAGUUUAGGUGAUGUGGUACCCAGUUCUAGGCGAUCUACUCCUCCCUCUUCUGCAUUUGAUUUAGAUGCCAGUGGCUUAGAUGCAGAAGACAAUGACUCCCCAGCAAAUCACCGCUCCCCUAUAGCCAGUGUAAACAGUCUAACGUCUCCCCAGUCUAAAGAGAAAAGAAUGCCCUUUUUUAAGAAGACUGAACACAUCCCUCCUUACGAUGUAGUGCCUUCUAUGCGACCAGUAGUUUUAGUGGGGCCUUCUCUGAAAGGAUACGAGGUGACAGACAUGAUGCAAAAAGCAUUGUUUGACUUUCUGAAACACAGAUUUGAAGGAAGGAUAUCAAUCACACGGGUCACAGCUGAUAUUUCACUUGCCAAACGCUCAGUGUUAAAUAAUCCCAGUAAACAUGCAAUAAUUGAGCGCUCUAACACCAGAUCCAGUUUGGAUGCUUUGGCUGAAGUCCAGUGUGAAAUAGAGCGGAUCUUUGAACUAGCAAGAACACUGCAGUUAGUAGUCCUUGACGCAGAUACAAUCAACCAUCCGGCUCAGUUGGGCAAAACCUCUUUGGCUCCUGUGAUCGUCUAUGUGAAAAUUUCAUCUCCAAAGGUUUUGCAGAGAUUAAUAAAAUCCAGAGGAAAAUCCCAGGCUAAACACCUGAAUGUGCAGAUGGUUGCCGCAGACAAACUGGCUCAGUGCCCGCCUGAAUUGUUUGAUGUAAUUCUUGAUGAAAACCAGCUGGAAGAUGCCUGUGAGCACCUCUCUGACUACUUAGAAGCUUACUGGAGAGCAACCCACCCUCCUAGCAGCAAUCCUUCCAAUCCUCUCCUCAGCCGGACAAUGGCAUCUGCAGCUCUUCCUACAAGCCCAGCACCAGUCUCCAAUCUACAGGUUGAACAAAAGCAGGGAGAGCAGAAACCACCACCUUCAGAACCUGAGAGAACUGCUUCGCAGGAGGAAGAGAAACCAAUAGAGGCAGUGAAAAAGUCCCAACAUCGAAGUUCUUCCUCUGCAAAGCAUCACAAUCACCGCAGCACUGCGAGUCGGGGCCUAGAGAGACAAGAGACAUUUGACUCUGAUACCAAAGGCAGCAGGGAUUCUGUGUAUAUAGAACCAAAGGAUGAUUAUACAGAUAGCGCUGGUGAUCAUUACAGCUCACACCAUAAUCAUACAGAAGAACCCCAAGGGGAUGGCACCCACAGGCAUAAAGAGUCACGGCAUCGUUCUAGGGAACGAGACAGAGAGCAGGAUCAUAAUGAACGGAACAAACAACGUAGUCGGCAUAAAUCAAAGGAUCGAUAUUGUGAUAAAGAUGGGGAUGUUGCAUCUAAAAAAAGAAAUGAUGUCAAUGAAUGGAGCCAGGAUGUGUACAUCCGCCAAUAACUCUGCCUACAGCUGCUGUGCCCCUUUAGUUAGUGUGUGUAUGUGUGCGCGUGUGUGUGCGCGCGUGCGUGUGUGUGUAAAAGAAAAAGUAUAUAUUUACCUGAUCAGUCUAUAAAGUUUAUUGUACACUUGAGAUUUCAUACGAAUUGUUGCUGAGGCAGCAUGGAAUUAAAUUCAAUAUGUUUCAUUUUCAAACAUGGUACAAUUACAGAACUGCUAGUGUGAUACUGUGCUGUUAGUGUUAUUGGUUUGAUUUUGAUUGCUGCCAGCUGAACAAUAACUGUUACUAGCAAACUACUGUUAAUGUUCUUAAGCAAUGUAUGUGUGGGGGAAUAACGGAUUUUCCUGGGUAUCCAGGAAAGUUUGGAUCAGCUUCUACUGUAGUUUACCAUUCUUUUUCCUCAGAAGUUAAAUUUCUGCAUUCUCAACUUUUAUUUUUGAAUGAAAUAUUUACAAGUUUAAAAAUCACCCUGGCUUAUAUCUGUAGUUGGGGUGGGAAUGAGGAAUUUAGUCUUGCCUUACACUUCAGAGUUAAUUAGGAGAAAGUAUUUUCUAAGUACAGGUACUAUGUACUGUAUAUAGAAUAUGGUUCUAUUUGUACUUUACAUUUAGAAAUCAUUUUAAAAAUAAUAUAGUUUUAGUCACUAUAUCUGCUUCAAAGUCUGAAAGAAGAUGGAUUUUCCCUUUAAUCAUGCCAACUAUGAUUGGCUCCUUUUGAAUAAUUGGUAGUUAAGAGUUUUCAUUUCAACCCCUCCCUAGCUUUUGAAAUUCAGAACUUAGAUGCAUAAGUCGUCGAUCAUUGGGUGGGAAAUUAAAUAUAUAAUAUAUUAUAUAGAGACAUUAUAUUGUUUAGAAUUUUUUGUAAAAUGCUAGUCUUAACUGACAAAGCGGUUUACUUGGUAAGUCUAAGUUAUAUACCAAAUACUGAAUAUUAUGUAUGUUAUAUGAUAUUUUUCUGGUUAGGAAUUGCCUGAGGGUUCUGUGUUAUUGUUCCUUUGUUAUAAACUAUCCAACUUCUCCAAAUGGCUUUGUCUUAUUGCUUAAUGAGCAUAAGAUGAGCUGUUCUGGUUACUGUAUAUGCACAUUUGUGGAAUUUAUUUUCAAAAUCCAGUUUGUAAGCAUUUGUAUAUAUAUAUGUAUAUAUAUAAUUCAUAAUUGCCUUUGUAGAUAUUGACAGUAGAUGAUCUUGUUGCACUGUUUGAUUGAGUUAUUUAUUUAACUGUACAAAUGGUGACUCUACAUGUUAACUGAACAUGUGGAAAUGCCAUUUCAUGAGCAGGAACAAUGUUUCUGUUAUGUAAUGAAGAAACCCUUCUACACAUAAAUGUACACACACACACAUGUACAUUCUUCCAGUCACUUUGCCUGAAAUAGGUUACUGAUUUUUCUUAAGUAAAAAUGAAAGAACUGCAGAUGCUGUAAAUCAAAAAUAAAAACAGAAAUUGCUGGUAAAGCUCAGCAGGUCUGG